ACGUGAGUGCUACAUCAUCGUGUCACAAGGUAAACAACAUGGCCGCUUACAUUGUUUUUAAUUUUUAGCACAGCAGCUUGCAGCUCUGAAACGCUUCAUUGUGUGCUGUCGUUUGAAAACAACAGCAACAACAACAACGUGUAGACUUUUAAAAUCAGUAAGAAUAUUAAGUUGAGAAUAUUCUUGAGAAAUAACGACAGCUUCGCUUGGAUAAAAGGACAUAUAGCUCAGACGGGCUAACUGUUAGCUGCUAAUUUUCAGUCCAGAGUCAGUUUAAAUAAAUUAAUGGCUUCUGCGUUCGUGGUGGGAGAGAAAUUCAGAAACAGGGUGACUCAGCUGUUGUUGAAGACGGAGUCACCGCUGUCUGGAGAUCUAAGAGAAGAACUGGAGGAGAUUAUUGGAAGAACAGGACCAACAACAACACUAAGCUUCAUCACGGCCAGAAAACUCCACAAACACCUUCAGGGCGCAGGGUAUCCUUUCUUCCUGCAUGAGUUGUUGGAGGACAGCGCGCUGCACCUGCCAGAGUAUGUUCAACCUCCGAGAAACCCAGAGUUGGUUGCACGCCUGGAGAAGAUCAAAGCCAAAGUAGCUAAUGAGGAAUACAACAGGAUCACCCGUAAUGUCAAUGCUCAGGAAAUAAAUCGUAGAGGAACUUUAACAGAUUUUGGACACCAAGUGCGAUCAGUGAAAACACUUGUGGUGACCAUAUUUAACUUUUUGGUGACGGUGGUUGCUGCUUUUGCGUGUUCCUAUAUGGGCAGUCAGUAUCUGUUCACUGAGACAGCAGCGCGAGUGAUAUCUGCGGUGAUUGCUGCCUCAGUUGUUGGGCUUGCUGAGCUGUAUGUUCUGGUGCGAACCAUGGAGGGAGAAUUAGGAGAACCAUAACACAGCUGUGAACAUGGAACCAGGGAAAUAUCAUAACCACCGCUGUGGAACAACAUAACCAUAGUAGCCAUCAAAGCUAAACUUUGUCCAGCCUACUGUCUGUGGAAGCCUGUUGUUUCAUUUCAAACUUAACUUCUGAAGUUUGUGUACGUUUUUGUUUAAUAGUUAAAUUGAGUGUAUUUUCAAAGUUAAUCAUACUUUCCUUUAAAUUUUACCUUGAUGCUGUUUAAUAAAAUUGUGUUGAUUAUUAUACA